UGUUUGUCUCUUUUUUUUCCUCUGAUUUAGAAAACUCUAUGUGAUGUCAUUCUUAUGGUUCAAGAGAGAAAGAUCCCAGCUCACCGUGUUGUGCUUGCUUCAGCCAGUCAUUUUUUUAACUUGAUGUUUACUACAAAUAUGCUUGAAUCAAAGUCCUUCGAAGUGGAGCUAAAAGAUGCAGAACCUGACAUUAUUGAACAGCUCGUGGAGUUUGCUUAUACCGCAAGAAUCUCAGUUAACAGCAAUAAUGUCCAGUCUUUACUAGAUGCAGCAAACCAGUAUCAGAUCGAGCCUGUGAAAAAAAUGUGUGUGGACUUCUUAAAAGAACAAGUUGAUGCUUCCAAUUGUCUUGGUAUAAGUGUUUUAGCAGAAUGCCUAGACUGUCCCGAACUGAAAGCCACUGCAGAUGACUUUAUCCAUCAGCAUUUCACUGAAGUUUACAAGACAGAUGAGUUUCUUCAGCUUGAUGUUAAGCGUGUGACGCAUCUCUUGAACCAAGAUACGUUGACAGUGAGGGCAGAAGACCAGGUUUAUGAUGCAGCAGUCAGAUGGCUGAAGUAUGAUGAGCCAAAUCGCCAGCCAUACAUGGUUGAUAUUCUUGCUAAAGUCCGUUUUCCUCUUAUAUCGAAGAACUUCUUAAGUAAAACAGUUCAGGCUGAACCACUUAUUCAGGAUAACCCAGAAUGCCUUAAAAUGGUGAUCAGUGGGAUGCGAUACCAUCUACUGUCCCCAGAAGACAGAGAAGAGUUAGUGGAAGGUACGCGACCAAGAAGAAAAAAACAUGAUUAUCGCAUUGCUUUGUUUGGAGGCUCACAGCCCCAGUCCUGCAGAUAUUUUAAUCCAAAGGAUUACAGCUGGACAGACAUCCGAUGUCCCUUUGAAAAGCGCAGGGAUGCAGCUUGUGUCUUCUGGGACAACGUAGUUUAUAUUUUGGGUGGUUCCCAGCUCUUCCCUAUAAAGCGAAUGGACUGCUACAAUGUGGUGAAGGAUAGCUGGUAUUCCAAGCUAGGACCUCCAACACCUCGAGAUAGCCUUGCAGCCUGUGCUGCUGAGGGCAAAAUUUAUACAUCUGGUGGUUCAGAAGUGGGAAAUUCUGCACUGUAUUUAUUUGAAUGCUAUGACACAAGAACAGAAAGCUGGCACACAAAGCCCAGUAUGCUCACUCAGCGAUGCAGCCAUGGAAUGGUAGAGGCAAAUGGUCUCAUUUACGUAUGUGGAGGAAGCCUGGGAAACAAUGUUUCUGGAAGAGUCCUAAAUUCCUGUGAAGUUUAUGAUCCAGCCACUGAAACGUGGACUGAGCUGUGUCCAAUGAUUGAAGCCAGGAAGAAUCAUGGGCUGGUGUUUGUAAAGGACAAAAUAUUUGCUGUGGGUGGACAAAAUGGCUUAGGUGGCCUUGAUAAUGUAGAAUAUUACGAUAUCAAGAUGAAUGAAUGGAAGAUGGUGUCUCCAAUGCCAUGGAAAGGUGUAACAGUGAAGUGUGCUGCUGUGGGAUCUAUAGUCUAUGUCCUGGCUGGUUUUCAGGGUGUUGGUCGAUUAGGGCACAUUCUUGAAUAUAAUACUGAAACAGACAAGUGGAUAGCCAACUCCAAAGUCCGUGCUUUCCCAGUGACAAGUUGUUUAAUCUGUGUUGUAGACACUUGUGGGGCAAAUGAAGAAACUUUAGAGGCCUGAAGACCUGUAGGAGACGCUGAGACAUUCUUCAAGGACUUGGGGAAAGAUAGGCUAUUGGUGCUUUGCUUCCAUGUUUUACUGAAUCUUGUUAAACUGAAUAAUAGGAAAAACUGAGAUGCAGUCUUUCAAUUUGUAUAUACAGCAUAUUGUAUGACAUGGAUUUUUUCAUGCCCAUUUUCUUGUCUGUUUUAAGAGAUGGGGAUGUGUUUUGAGAAUCCACUUACCUAGCUGAGAUCAUGUGGCAUCUUCCUUUAAAAGGACUCUGUGUGUGGCCUUGUCAAAAAUAGACCCAAUCCAGUUCUUUAGAAGAAAUCAGAGCGUUUGAUGAAGAUAAGAUUUCUGGUUAAAUGACACUUUACUGAGCUCAGUUGGCAGAGAUUCUUCAUUUAAUAAAGGUGAGUAAAUGCAGCUUGGGUCAUGAGACAUGUGAGCAAAAAAAUUUUCUCAUUUAUACCUACCUGCAGAAAUCUUACCAGGAUGCAACGAGGAUUUUCCUCAGGGAAGACCAAGGACAGCAGUAUAAUAAAGAUUCCCAUGGCGAAUGGGGAUAGGCUGUACAGCUCUCUAGGUUACGACAGCUGCCCUCUUCCAGUGACUUUCUUCCGUCAUUUGCAUGACUGCGUUAUCAAUUUUUAAAGUUAGACAGGCCAUCUAUAGAAAUUAGAGAAACACUUUGCUGAUGACAUCUGUGGCAUUUUGGGGAGCUUUAGGGGAAUGGUGGGGAAAGUCCACAAUAAUUGUGCACUAUAAUUAGCAAGUUGGAAACUUGGGAUUAAUUUUCAAUAUAUCUUCCCAGGCAUCAGACUGUCCAUACUGUGGAUGCCAAACCAUUAGCAAAGAUACGGGAAUAGGAAUGGUAAAGCAAAGUCAAUACAACAAAUGUAUUGAUUUUUCUUCUUGAAAAUGACUGUUUUUAAAAUGACAUGAACCAAGUCAUUAAAGAUACUUUAUAGAAGUCUU